AACUAAUUUACGAACUUACAGGCGCUGCUUAGUCGCUGUAUUACUAACAUUAGCCAAACCUCUUCACCUCAGCAUAUCUGCACCAUUGCCCUUUUAAGGACGCCAGUGGGAAGUAGGAGAAUGACGUUUGCAACAGUGAGCCAGGAGUUGUUCUCAACGCCAGAGGAUCGGCGGGGAGGACAAGACACGGCCGUAGAGGUGUACACACAGAGACCCCAGCAUGCGUGAAUAUAAGCUUGUGGUCUUGGGCUCAGGAGGUGUGGGGAAGUCUGCACUGACAGUCCAGUUUGUUCAGGGAAUAUUUGUGGAAAAAUAUGACCCAACAAUAGAAGACUCCUAUAGGAAGCAAGUAGAAGUGGACGGCCAGCAAUGCAUGCUAGAAAUCCUCGACACAGCAGGAACAGAGCAGUUCACAGCAAUGAGGGAUCUGUAUAUGAAGAACGGGCAGGGCUUUGCUCUGGUCUAUUCCAUCACGGCACAGUCCACCUUUAACGACCUGCAGGACUUGAGAGAACAGAUCUUACGGGUCAAAGACACAGAGGACGUACCGAUGAUACUAGUGGGGAAUAAGUGUGAUCUGGAAGAUGAGCGGGUUGUUGGGAAGGAGCAGGGCCAGAAUCUUGCUCGCCAGUGGAAUAACUGUGCCUUUCUAGAGUCCUCUGCCAAAUCAAAGAUCAACGUCAAUGAGAUCUUCUAUGACCUGGUCAGACAGAUUAAUAGAAAAACACCAGUGGAAAAGAAGAAAGCCAAGAAGAAGUCUAACUGCACACUGCUCUAAAAUCUACAUGCACACUCGCAGCAGCAGCUCUGAGCCAGAAUGCGGAAAUGAAGACCUGUUGCCCUCCUGGCCAGCAUUCCAGCCCCAUUCCCAGUUAUUGGAAACAGUGUUGGCAAAGGCAGAACAUGACUAAGGCUUGCUCCUCAUCUUGCAGAAGGGAGUAAGCGAGAGAGGGAGGGGGGGGCAGAAGUGGGACUUUGCCCAUGCUCUCCAUUUCUGCUUUUCCUUCUCAAAAAAUCCUAACCUCCCUUUCCCCUCCAGCCAUGAAACAUGCUGAAACAGUCUCAAGCGCUUAUGAUUUUUGCAGUUGCCAUUUUUUUACAGAAGUACUAUAGAACAUUGGAACAAGAACAUUGUAUUCAUCUGGAGGAAGUGAGGAAUUUGUGAUGUUCAUUGAUACCUUCAGCAAGAAUGGGCACAUUUUUAAAUAAUGAUGAAACGAAUCCUAUUAAUAUUUGAAAAAGGCUAAUCAUUUUCAGAUUACACUUUUUGUUGUAUGUGUUUUGUGGGUUUUCCUGCCCAU